AGCAAAUAUAAAGCAGGUCUGUGUUGCCAAUGUACACACUACACAGAGAGUGCCCGCUUCCGUAAUUAAACAAAAAUAUAUGCGGCAUAAGCCAAGCCAUAGGCCUAAAUAAAUUAAAUUAUUAAUACCGCACGAUUUCUUUCAGAACCUAUCUCUUUGUUUAUAUAAUUGAACAUAGUUAUGGCAGAUGCAAUUCCUUUCAUAGACCUAAAACUGAAACAGAGGAAAGUAAUUUUAUUUUCAAAAUCAUAUUCACCAGAAUGUAAAAUGGUGAAAAUGAUUCUUGGCCAAUACAAGUUAUCAGAUAAAGAUUAUGAAGUCGUAGAAAUUGAGAAACGGCAAGACUGUGUGCAGAUUGAAAAUUAUUUUCAAGUUUUAUGCCUAACAGAUUCCAGAACAGUAAGCAGACAUUAUUUAUUGCAUUUCUUCAUUUAUAUUACUAUAGUUAUAGUAUAGUGUCUAUAGUUAUAGUCAAUAAAUAUUAUGGGCCAUGAACACCAAAAUUAGGCCUGUUUUUAAGGGCUAAACAGAGCACAUUUGUUGUACUAUUUUAUUUCAAUAAGUAGAAACAUAUGUCCCUUUUUUACUAUGCCUAAAUAUCAAAGGUGUGGAGAUGGCAUCUUUGGGUGGCUACACUACACAGGCUGUUACUAUUGUUGAGAUUGUAGAGUAGAGAUUUGUGAUUAAUGAGGAAAAUUUAGAGGUGGGAGGGAUUUAGGAGUGGUGACAAGGAUCUUUUGGUGAGCACAGAGAGAUAUUAGGUAGAGGAUAGAUUAGAGGAAAGAAAGUUAUGGAAGAUUAAGAAAAAGGCUAGAGAGGUGAGGUGAAAGAGGUUAAUGAAUGUUUGUACUGGAGAGGUUAGGAAACCCAGCAAUCCUCCGAAGUCCGGUCCCAAAUUAUUUCCAAUGAUUUACUCCUUACUUAAAAGAAUUAGGCAUCAUUUUGUUUUGAAAUUCAUGUUUGCGUAUAUAUAUAUUUCAAUAAAUUUGUUAAAUUAUUGCAACUAAUGCAACUUAUGUUAAAAUCGAGCGUAUUAUCACUAAUCAUAUGUUACCAGGGACAGCUAUCGUCACGGACGCUUGGCGAGGAUAUCAAAAUGUUGUUCAGCUCAACAACAGGAUUUUAGAUCAUGCUGUCACUGUGCAUGCACAUGAAUUUGUUGAUUCAGUAGACCAGGACAUUCACACAAAAACUAUUGAAGGACUUUGGAUGCUAGCAAAACGUAAACUCCGCUUUCAGAGUGAUACUAGUCACGGUCUGUUUGCCAGCUACUUGGGGGCUUUUCAAUGGUGCAACAGUCACAAGCAGAACAUUUUAUGCUGCUAUUUGCAAAUGCUAUGCGUCAAUUACAAUAUGUAGUAUUUACCGACUGGUUUUUAAAGCGACUAAAGCAAAAGCUGUUUACAAAAGCUAUGACUGACAUUUCUGCUGUUUGCUAACAAUACACACUGUGUAUUGCAAUUUUUUUCAUACAAAAUAAUUUGGGACCGGACUUUGGAGGAUUGCCGGAAACCCUAUCCUGUAAGAAUUUAUGAGUGGUAAGGUUCAGAAUGGGUUGGGAUGAUAGGACCAGGGGAGGUUAUUGGUAAGAGAGGUAAAAGAGGGUAAGUUCAAAGAGGUUAGUAGAUAGUGAGGUGCUACAGUUUAGGGUUUAGUGAAGGCGGAGAGAGUAGUGUGGACUGAUGUGUAUCCAAAAAUAAAAAGGAGAUAGCAAAAAUUAACAUUUUAAGUUGAAUUUUGUUGUUUUUUAACCCAUGAUUGAGAUUUAAGAAGAAAAAAACACAAUCACAAAAUAUAGAAAUUAAACUUUUUAAAAUUCUGAAUAUGUAUUUAUAUAAAAUUUACUUACUACCAAAUGAAAUACUUCCACCUUUUUUAUGGUUGAGUAUGAUUAGUUGGAGUUAGGAGUAAUAAUUUUAAAUUUGAAACCACUUAAUUAUAUAGAUAAAGUUUAACUAGCAAAUAUUUGUUGUGUGAUAGUGGUUCAUAAAAAUCCAACAGAACUCAGAAAUUGAAGUUUCGCAACAUUUUUGCAUUAGAAUAAGAUACAUUUUGCCCAGGGAUUGCCAAAUUAUUCUUUCGAGCCCAUCAUGACUUAAGUAUAAUUUUUAAUUUGUUUUACUUCUUGUGCGAUUUUUUUUUAAUGCUGUUUCAAACACUUAAUCUUUCAUGUUUAGUAAAUAUUCCUUGUGCCUGUAUCUAAUUUUACCAUUCGAAUUGUUUUUCUUUAAGGUUCCUCGGUUGUUUGUUGAAGGGCACUAUAUAGGAGGAGAAAAAGAGAUUACCCUACUACAGAAAUCUGGUGAGCUAAAGAAAAUUCUUAAAGAGGCUCGUGUGCUGGAAUGAUUACAAAACAAAGAAACAAUAAAAAGACAGGAAUUUUAAAAUGCACAUGUAAAUCAGAAAGACCUUUAAGAAUUGGAGCUGCUUGUAAUUGUGAAGGCUGUUUUAAUUAGUAUUAUUUGUAUAGACAUUUUUUAAUGUUUCAUAUCUCAAUGAAAGAAAAACUAUUCAUGUAUAAAGCUUUAUUGUCAAAUAGAUUGUACAAAUAUGGUUGAAGUUUAUUUUAUAAUUUAUAGUUUUAGAACAAUAAUGUGUUAAUUACACUUACUUUGGGCAAAGCUUUGAGACAAAUGUUUUGUUAGGAUAUUAAUUAUCUAUGAAUUAAUUGAACUGAAGCAGGUUCUCCUGCAUGAAAUACUAGGGUCUUAUUUUAACUCAAAAAAUGUUUGUCAAGGAAUUAGUUGACUUAAGUGGAGUUGACUGUACUGUAAGCAAAUAUGAUUUGAGAUUUAAAAUUUCAUUCUUGAUUUUAAGAAUAUAAUAAUUUAUUUAUUGAUAGGCUACACUAUCUAAAUAUGUUUAAAUAUUGAAGUCUUAAAAAAUUCUGUAAUUGAAAGUCAUCCAACUUUUACCUGUUUAACUUAUACAAAUAUUUACUGUGUUAAUUCAUGAUUCAUUUUAAUAUAAAAGAUGUAAAUAAAUAUAUAGUCAAUAUACAUAAUUAAAUAAAUAUUAACUGUGUUUUUGUGUUUUUAUAACAACUAAAGCAGGAUUUGGGUGGGGGGUUUGAGCAGUGGGGAUCUCUGCCUCAAAUGAGCAUGUGUCUUUUGUUGUUUUGUUAUGGACAACACAUGAUGGGUUUUUAGGCACUAAUUUUUUGUAUCUUUCCUGUGUCUUCCCUCUGGAUCUAGAGCUGAUUUGAAUAUAACACUAACACUCAAUUAAAAUAAAUUCACAAUUAAACUUUGAUUCACAAUAUGAGUGUUAAAAUAAAUUUUAAGGCAACUCAAAGUAUUUUGUAUUUUUUAAUUGAAUCACACUGCAUAUUAAUAUGAAAACUGUUAUUCAAUUACAUUGGGAUGUCCUUCAACAACUGUAAAAACUUUUUUUAUUCUCUUCCAAAGAUAUUUUUAAGUAUAAAUCACCUAAAAGCAAAAGCAAUUCACAUUAUAGCAUUUCCUUUUUCUCAAAAUAGAAACUGAGAUUCAAAUCCCCCCACCCACCCGCCAAUGAAAAUGAUGACAGAGAUAAAGUUAAAGUAAGAUAUGUACUCUAUUGCCUGUGAAAAUAUGUGCAUUAUGUAAUAAUUAUUGCUUAAUAAACAAUCAUUUAAUUUAUUUUUAUUAAAAUAAAGAAUUCAAAUUUGGAAAGAUUUUAAUUAUAUCCCAUCAAUUAUAAGAGUUAAGAGUAAUUAAUUUUCUAGAUACUUAAACUUAAUUUUUUUUUUAAGUCAAGUAAUAUUUACAACCUGUUACUUUAAAAAGAACUCAUAAAUAUUAAAAAAGUAAACAAUAAAUAAUACAAUUUUUUUAAACAUAAUAUUACAAUUUAUUGGCAGAGUCCAAGUUGGACAAAUGUGAAGCUGAGUCAUCAUUAUAAAUUAAUCAUUUAAAAAAACCACGCAAACCAGAAUGUAUAAACAAAGUGGUGUGUUUCACCAAAACAUUAAAUUCAAUUCUCUUGAGUUGAGAUUUCAUUUGUUUUAAAAGUAAUAUUUAUCUACUGGCAAAUCAUAGUUAAACAUCAGGCAAAUAUUAAAUAAAAAUAAUUAAAUAUUAUCAAUCCAAUGUUGGCCUAGCUACCCUGAAUGUUACGUUUAUUCUUGGUCCCCUGUCAUGGUAUUCUUUAGGUACUCGAUGCUUUAAAAAAAGAACCAAAUAUUAGUUAUUUUUAUCAGUGGGCUUUACUUAGAACAUGCAAUAAAAAGAAAUUUGUUUAUCAAAUUGUAUAGAUAGCAAUUUUGUUAUAACCUCAAGUCUUCCCUAUAUACCUAUGGAACCCAUUUCUUAUUAUUAAGUAAAUACAAGUUUUAAAAAACAUAUAUAUUAAUAUA